AUGGAAGAAUCUUUUCAAAAUAAUUCAAAGUUUAUGAAUGGUGGUCAUGGGAGAGACUUUAUUAGGCAAUCAAUUUUACAAAUGAAAAAAGAAAAUGAAUUGAAUUAUUCCUCCAAUGUUAAUACACUUGGAGUAUUACCACCGAAAUCCACUUAUAUCCCCAAACAAAUCAGUGAUGCCGAUGAUUCAAUUUAUGAAACUAGAAUAGAUUCUAGUAUAAAUUUGAAUAAAUUUGAUGAAGCUAAAGUUAAUGUUGUAUCUAUUGAAGUACUAGAGAAAAUCGAAAAUUUUGAUUUUAUAUCAAUUAAGUUAAAGAUAAAUAUUGAAAAGUGCAAAUUUAAAAAACCAACUCCCAUACAAAAGUAUACUAUUCCAGCAAUUUUAUCCGGAAAGGACCUGCUGGCUGCUGCACAAAAUGGUUCAGGAAAAACAGUAAUUAAUUAUUAAUUAUAUUAUAUAAAUUUAAGUAUUGUUUUUAAAUGUAUUACUUAUAUAAGGACCAAUAAUGUAAAUUAAUAAAUAUUGGUAUAAGUGUUCAAUUAAUUAUGAUUUAUGAUAUAUUUACUCCAGCAAUGCAUUCAAUUGAAUACCUAUUUGAAUUUCAUUUCAAAAAUAGUGUAAAUAGGGUUAACAUUUUUCACUUAAAACUUAAUUACUCUUACAUAAAAUAAGUUUGUUUUCCAUAGUCUUGUGGUCCAUAUUUUUAGUGUCCCACUUGCGGAGUAAAAUUUAAUGCCAAGCAACUCCAAAUAUUAAAACUAUUUCAAUACAAUAAAUUGGAUCUAUAACUUUUAGUUUUUGUUAUGUAUUGUCUUUAUUUCUUAUCAAUCAUUCAAAUUAAAUAUAAUGAUAUUGUCCCCCACCUCUAUAAUCAAGGUCUGGAGACGCCUCUGAUAUUACUCAAUUGUUACAGCGAACAUUCAAAUGCAAUUUUCUAAUAUUUAUUUAAAAUAAUGUUUAAUUUGUUUAAUUUUAUCAAUAUUUUUUUUAUCUCAACUUGUAGAAUACGUCAUAUGCAUAAAUAAAUAAUUUUUAAUUUGUAUUACAUAACUGAGGGGUCUAGUUUCAAGGUGUACAAUCUGCAAUUUGAAUGUAAAAUUAGAUAGGUGUCAUUUCUUAUGCAAUUCUCAGUGCUGAAUUUAAAUAACUUACUAUUGACAAGGAAAAUAGUCAGAACACAGUGUAUUUUCAAUCUUGAAAAUGACAUUUAAUUUCAAAACAUAUAGUCUCCUUUGAAAAAUAUAUUGCGUUAUGCGUUUUAUUAUUGUGAUGUUAUUCUCGAACUUCAUCAAUAAUAGUAAAUAAUAAUUAUUACUGUUAUUGAAUAUAAUUCUAUAAUAUAUCUAUAAAUAGAUAUAAUAUUACCUCUUGCACUACUGUUUGCUUCAUACUGUACAAUCUCCAUCCAAAAUGUUGUCCUUUAGGGCUAAAAACUGGUAAAUCAUAUUUACAUAACUAUAUGAAAAGGUUAAAAAAUCAGUAUGGAGAAAAACCAUUUAUUAAUUAAAUUAUCUUUUUUUUCGAUUUUCUGAAAAUUUAGUUUAUGAGGAAAUUGUACACUUUGAAACUCGACUCCUCAACCAUACAGAUAUUAAUAAUAUGAUAAAUUUUUGCCCCAUGCAAGUAAAUUUAGCUUUAAAAGCUAAGAGUAAUGGAUACAUAAUUUUUUAAAAUGAAAAUUUUUCAUAGAAUACAUAAUACAUAUUACAUAUUUUAAGAUAAAAUUCGACAAAACGUAACUUAUGUCAUUUUCGAAGAGACUGAUUUAAUUGUAUAAAAAUAUUUAAAUUAUAAAUAAAAAUAUUAUUACAUUUUAUAUACUUAUUUUAGGUGGCUUAUGUUUUACCAAUUUUACAUAUUUUGAUAGAAAAACCUCAUCAAUUGUUUAUAGACUCUGUUCAUUGUGAACCUCAGGUGUUAAUUGUAACACCUACACGAGAAUUGGCUGUUCAAAUUCAUACAGUUGUUAUGCUAUUAGCUAGAGGUACUGGAAUCUCAUCAUUAAUUUGUCAUGGUGGUUCUUCAGUAAAAUAUCAAAAAAAAAAAUGUUUAGUAAGUUUUUAAAUAUCAGCUUCUACAUUAGUUUGAAGUGAAUUAAAAAACGAAAAAAAAACAAGUGUAUGCAUUUUAUAUGUACUUAUAACACAAUUUAUUAAUGUUUUAACUAUUAUUAAUUUUUUCAUCAAAUUUUGCUAUAAUUUUUAAGUUAAAGAAACUUAAAAAAUUACAAGGAGUUUUCAGUUUCAGUGGAUAUGCAAUGUUGUAUUAAUUGUUUACAGAAACUAAUGUAAUAUUCAUUUCAUAUUUCUUUUCAGCAAGGCUGUCACAUACUUGUUGGUACACCCGGAAGAUUAAAUUAUUUUCUUCAGGGUGAUGUGAUUGCUUUUAAAUCUAUACGAUUCGUUGUUUUAGAUGAAGUAGAUAAAAUAUUAAAUUUUGAUUCAAAAUAUGAAGUUGACAGAAUAAUAAAUCACAUUUCAAUGAUUUCUCCUGUGAGUAUUACUUAGUUGUUAAAACAAAAACAAAACAUUGUUUUAAAAAUGGGCUAUUAAAAUAAUGUGGUUGAUAUUUGAAAUUCAACAAUUGGUUUUGGUUUCACCUGAAAAUAGAAGUGUCAAAAUUAAAUUGUUUAAAAAAGUUAAUACCAAUUAUUUCCAAGAUAGUGAGUGUAGUGUAUGCCCAUUUAAAAGGAAUUACUUACAGGCGAAUCAAAAGGCCAUUAACAUAGCUCAAUACUGAUUGAUGAAUGUAUAACCAACCAAUAAUAUCAUUAUUAGAACAUACAUCAGUUUUAUAUAUUUUUUGUUACCCAUAUUACUAGUUAAAUCUUAUCAUUGUACCUACUGUUAUUUUAGUAUUUAUUAUUAUUUAUUAAAUACAUUUAAUAUGAUAAUAUUAACAAUUGAUUAAAAAUUAUUACUUUAGAAACAUAGACAAACAAUUAUGUUAUCAGCCACAUUACCAAAUGUCAUACAGAACUUAGCAGCAGAUUAUUUAAAUACAAACUAUGUGUUUGUAUCUGUUGGUAUUUUAAAUGGUGUUUCACAAAAUAUAACUCAACAAUUUUAUCAAGUUACGAAUAGCAGAAAACGGUAUUUACUAAAAAAAAUAUUAAGUAAAGGUUAAUAUAUGUUUUAUAUAAGUGUAAACAAAAUAUUUCAGUAAAAAUAAUAAAUAUUCAAUGUUAUUUUAUAGGUAACAAAGGAACCAUGGUGUUUGUGAAUAAGUCAUGGACAGCUGAUUUUCUUGCCACAUUCCUCAGUGAAAAAAAUAUUUCAGCUACAAGCAUACACAUUGAUCGACCACAAAUGUAUAGAGAAUUAGCUCUAAAUGAUUUUGUGAGUGGAAAAUACAAUGUAAUUGUUACAACAGGUGUAGCAUCAAGAGGAUUAGGUAAAUUAUGAUAAUUAUUAAAAUUUAAAUUACAAGUAUAUACAGGACAGUUUACUAGGCGUAAUCGACCCAUUAUAUUUUUAUUACAUUUUGCGUAAUGCAUUCAAAUUCUAACAAUUUUAAUUUCGAUUAAAAUUUAAUAUGCUUCAAGAAAUUAAUUAAUUUGUUUAGUAAUUUUAAGGGUUAUCGUGCAGUUUUCUAAUUGAGCUUCGAUUAAUUCUUGAAGCAUUUAAAAAAAAAAGAAAUUUUAACUUCCAAAACCAUUUAAAUAUAGUAGAAGACAUUAUUUCAAAUAGGGUAGUUCAAAGUAUUUAAUUUUUAGGUAAAAAUUACUGAAGUCAAAAUACCUACACCAACAUGAACGAUGUUGCCUUAGUGGCUUUAUUAAAUGUAUUAUUUAUCGCCCACUGUAUUCACCUAAUAAGAAGAUCCCAGUCCAUAUCAGUAUCACUUACUGUAGACACUUUAGACAAUAUAGUUCUAUUAGCUCUCUCCACCUGGCUAUUUUUCCGUGGUGUAAUACAUGAAUGACACCAGUUUACAAAACUCCAUACUAAUGAAAGCCGUGAACAAAACGUAGAACCGAAUUCAUCCAUAAUUCUUACCGCCGCCUUGUUCUUAGUAUCAUUCGUAAGCUCAAUAACUAUAUAUUUAGUAAAUCCAUCUAUGUGAGAAAUAAAUAAUUAUUACUUCUUUUACUCCUAACAAAGUGUAGGUCCCAAAUGAUCUAUGUGCACUGUAUGAAAUGGUACGCCUUCGUUUGCAAUACUGUUCAUGGUUAUAUGAUUGUUUGCCUCUAGGUGUCUUAUUUGUAUAAACAAUCUAAUCAUGCAUCAAUCCAAUAAACCCUUUGCAUACCUUCUCAUAUAAUAUAAUAUAGGAACCAGUAUAAAUUUUUUAACCGUUAGCCAGAUGCCCCACAGCAUUAUAUCACCUCCUAACAAUCUGACUUUUGACUUUUCUAUGUACUAACCAACAAAGAUUGUUUAUCACAUUUCAAAAAAAUAAUGCACACUUGUUUCGUACUAUUGAUUUUUCAUUUUAUAUUCUGGUUUAUGAUCUGUGCUUAUUUAUUUAAUUUAUAUGUCUGUGAAAUUUUUAAACAGAAACAUUUUUGGGAAGAUUUAAUAUCAACUUUAUGCAUUACGGAAGUCAUUAUUUAGUUUUUAUAUAUUUCUCACUCUACUAAUAUUUAAUUUCCAGCAUUGAAAGUUUCAUUAAUUUCGAUUUUGUUUUUCUACUAAAAAACUUACUCUGAAUUUCAUGUGUAGCAUCUUUCCUGAGAGAAAAUUGUAUAUGGUUGUUGUGUUAUAAGGCCGCUUUUGAUUAAUUUUCCUAAAAUUUGCGAUGAUUCUGAAAGUUUAUGACAUUAACAGUUUCAAAUUUGUUUCUUGUAGUAAUUCAGUUUAAAUUAACUAUAGGGACUCAACUUUUUCACAAAAUAAUAUUAUUAGGCUUUAUAUAGCAUGAUAUUGUAGUUGUUUUUUUAUAUACAAUUUAAAGUUAAAAUUUUGAUGCAAAUCGUAAAAAUUAUUUUUCAAAUCCCAUUAAAUCAGUAAACUUUUUCUUUUUAUAAAAUCAUUGAUAAUCUAGAUGAUUUUUUUUAAAUUUUUCUAAUAGACAUAAAAAUAAUUCAGCAAGUCAUUAAUUAUGAUAUGCCUGGAGAAAUUGAAUCAUACAUACAUCGAAUCGGCCGCACUGGUCGAAUGGGAAAUUCAGGAAAGGCUAUAUCUUUCAUCAAUAUAAACUAUGAUUACCAUUUAAUAGAGCCUAUUAUAAAAACACUCUCGGCGGUAUCUAAUUUAUUUUCUCAAUUUAAUUAUAAUCUAUGUCACAUGAAUUAAAUUUAUUUAAAUCGAUUUGGUUUAGUCAAAACAAGAAAUACCUGAGUGGCUGCAAUUACUCGGUGAGAAUAUUAGGGAUAAAAGUAGUGGAGAAGAUGAUAGAAGUACAGAUUUAAACACAAAUAUCAGAAGAGUAAGAAUUUGUAUAAAUUGGUUAAAUAUUAAAACAUAUAAUAUACAUAAUAUUUAAAAUUAAAUUUAACUCUAAUGCAUAAUUAUAAUAUAUUUGUAAUAUAUGUUUUUAUUUGUGUUUAAAGAAUGUAAAUCUUGGAUUGCAUGCAGUUGAAGAAUGGUAA